UCUCGAAUAGUUCAGUAGCUUUUGACCAUUCUGGAAGGGAUAGAUUUUUUAUAAGUAAUUUAGCUUACCACUCUGAUGGUAAAUCAAAACCAAGAAUCAAUUCUGCUCAAAUAUGAUGGCAGAUUUGAAAGUGAGAGUGAGAGCGAGCAGUGCGAAACUUGCGGACACAUCUGCCGUGACUGAAAGAGAAAAGAUAUCUAGCUGACAGUUAUAUGGCGGGUGGUUUACUUGGAAUAACUGAUUUAAAUAUCAAAAACUUUCAGAAAAAAAAUUUUCUAUUUCAGGAUUUCUGUGUUAUUUCGAGAURUCUCAAUGGUGCAACGUGUAAAAGCCUUGGGCUUAUUGACUUCCAGUGCCUUUGCCCGCAAGGAUUUACGGGUAAUUUGUGCAACAUUCGCAUCAAAAUGUACAAAUGGCUGAAGAUCAACACCGAUCCUGUCUGUUUUGGAGCUAAAGACUCGGCGUUUGGUCRCUUUAACAUCACAAAAAAUGGAACAGUCAUCACCGUCAAGCUGGUCCAUCGAUCUGGAUAUGUAGCAUGUACUACAGACUCGACUUCAGCCCGAAGUAACUGGGGAUGUGCACCAUACRAUGGUAGACUGGACCGCUUAUUGACUAUCAUUACCAACGACCAAGACAAAAAGAUUCUUCCUCGAGACGAAUCUAACGUAAGUGAUAUAGAUAUGUCAUAUGUUAUACCAGGUACGGCUUCCGAGGCUCCUGAACUGAUCUUUAAGAACUUUACAACACCGAUGGAAGUUAAUGUUGGUCAAGAGUAUCGUAUCUGGUAUGGACAUGAUCUCAAGGACUUUACCGAAGACAACAACGAAGGAACGUCGUGUACCGAUGUGUACAUGUAUGGAUUGUUCUGAAGUGCGCACUCGCUGCUAGAAGCUGGCUAAGUCGGUUUGAAAUCACAGAAUGGAAUGUCUAUGGCAUUUAUCACGAUUAUUUCGAAAAAAUAACACAAUAUAUGCAAAGAAAGAUAUGCAAAACUGUUAUACUAGACUUUCAAAGAGAACUAGAUGAAUCUGAAGAAGAGGUAUACGCAUAAACUGAGGAAAGGAAAAAGCAAAACAAAAUUUUAAAAUACUAUUAUUGACGUCAGGAUUCAUAAUAAUACUUGAAAUGUUUGUCUCCGACUUAGAGCUUUUGAUAAUAUUAUUUAACUCCGACGUUAAUUUUCGAUCAGUGAUCCUAUUCAGAUCACUUUAGAAGAUCCGUGGUAACGGAUCGAAACGUACUCCAUAAACAUUUCAAGUAUCUAAAGAAAUUUCCCGUGAUCUUUCCUUCAUGAUAUUUUGUUGUUUUCUACUUUUGGCUGCACAUUUAUUUGAAAUAAAGCAAAUUAUUAGACAUUUAGGGUCGACAUCGCUCGAGGACUCGCUCAUUCGCGAUAUCAUAUACGAAAAACUCGUGAAAAAAAAAAACGAUA